AUGUCCAACGAUGCUCCAGUCCCGUUCUCAAGCGUGAGCAGCAAUGAUACACCACUCUUCAGUUACCCGCCAGACUUCGUACUCCGCUCCAGUGACGGCUUCGACUUCCAUGUGCAUCGAGAGCUUUUGAGGCUCACCUCUGGCUGCUUCGAGGGCAUGUUUGUUGUGUCUCGCUCCAACGCUGGCAAUAGCAACGACGUUGACUCCGACCCUCAACAACGGACCGAGGAUGGCAAACCCAUCGUCACCCUCACCGAGCCGAAGAGCGUGCUCUAUCGCCUGCUGUCUCUUGCCUACCCGGUCGUCUCCAUCAACCCCCUUUCCCUCACCCGCGCACAAGACCUCGACAACAUCACUGCAGUAUUUCAGGCUGCGGAGAAAUACCAAUUCACGCACAUCCCGCGAGUCCUCGAACAGAUGCUCGACAAACCGCAGCUCAUUGCUCUUUACCCAUACCGCAUGUUCGCCAUUGCCCGCGUUUGUAACUUGACGGCGCUCGCGCAUAAGUGCGUUCUGGCGACCCUCAAUGGCGGAGCAGAGGCAUUGAACGUCACAUUUCCCGAAAUGACGCUGCUCACAUGGGACGACGCGCACAAGGUUAACAAGUUCCACCAACAGUGCUCCGUGCUGGCAAGCAACUGCGCCCAGUCGAUGGGCCGUCUGCAUCUGAAGCCUGAGGCGGCGGAUAACGUGAUCAACUGCUUGAUUAACCCGCAAACCGGGACCGACUACGUCUGGUGGACCUGCAAGGGCCAUAAUGAUUACUGUUCUGGAAAAUAUUUCGGGGGUUCGAGUGUCAGCUCCCGUAUCUCGACGGUCACGAAGAAUUCGGCAAAACGCGCGUCAUCAUUCUUCAGUCGUGGACCAGAGCUGGUGGAGCCGCAUGCGAUGUGGUUCCGCAGUCAUAUCAAAGGUGUUCAGGAACAGCUGCUCAUCAGGCCGACCGAUGUGAGCAUCGUUCUAGCACUGAAGGAAGAGGACAAGUCGACGAUCAGCUCCUGUCGGCUUUGCUCUAAGCAAGCGCAGAGCGAUCUGCUCGACUUGCAGGUCGUGUUAACGCAAGAAAUCACCAAUAUGCAUGGACGUCUUGCAAGAGCGAUGUUCUCAUGA